UUUUGUGUAAGUCAGAAUUUUUGCGAAAAUGGUUACGUCAGCUACCACACCCUCUGACGCUGGAAGUUACGUCACGUUACGUUACGUCGGCACCAGCCUAGCAACUUCUGCGGUCUUCCCACAGCAAUAGGAAAUGGCGAGUCCUGAUGUAUCCUAGUUUUUCUUGUGAUCCCAGACGAGACGAGAUCCCAGGAGCACUCUGGCGUGUAACAGCCGGUGGCGGUAACAGUCUGGAUGGGAGCAGCCCGACAUUAAACAGAAGAAGAAGAAGCAACAGGAGGUUGAGCUGUGCGGACAUGGCGGAUGGCAGCAGGUUCCCACCUAUCAAAUAAACGCCAGGCAAAGCGAAACCGAGGACGAGACGCGGCUGCUGGAGGGGGCUUAAACGUCUUUCAAUGUUACAUGGAUAGCCGGGACUCCUCAGGACUGUGAGCCCCCCCUAAAGCCGCAUGGCGUCCACUCAAGCCCGGAUAGGCCAGCAGGCCUUAGCGGUGCUUGAUGUGGCUCUGCGAGUCCCCUGUAUCUUUAUUAUCGACGCCAUUUUUAAUUCUUAUUACGACCCUGGUUCGGGAUGGGCCGGUGCGAUGGGGAAGGUGUUGGUCAGGGUCCUGGGUGUCCUGAUCUCCACUGUGGUGCUGCUGCUCUCCCAGAAAGCCUUGUUCAAGUUCUACACCCUCUUCUUUGCUGUUCUCCUCGGCAUGGCGGCGGUCCUGUUCAACUACUACGCCACGUCCCACAUAGACUUCUACAGCGCCUACCACAAAGCAGCUCUGGGGUUUAGGUUGCUGCCCAGAAACGGGCCGACGCUGUGGCUGGGCAUGGCUGCGGUCCAGCUUAUUUUUGGUGUGGGCUACGUGUUCCUGUUAAACCUCCAGUCGGUGUUUGCAGCGCUGGUGGUCCUGGACAUCAUGAUCCCUCUGUGGGGGCUGAUGAUCGAGCUGCCGGCAGACGUCAGGCAGAUGGUGGCUGUGUUCUCGGGCCUGGCGCUGGCUCUCAACACAGCUGUGUGUCUGGCCAUGAGGCUGAAAUGGUUUUACUACUCAUGUCGGUACGUCUACCUGCUCGUACGGCACAUGUACAGGAUCUACGGGCUUCAGCUGCUGCUGGAGGACACGUGGAAGAGGAUCAGAUUCCCUGACGUGCUGCGGGUGUUCUGGCUGACCCGGGUCACAGCCCAGGCGCUGAUCCUCGUCUACGUGGUGCGGGCAGUGAGGAGGGAGAGCGGUGACGCCACAGGCGGUGGCGCUGAUGGGGACUCGGAUUCACAAGGUUACCUGCUGAGCUGGGACGUGUUCUGGGAUCUGACCAGUAACCUCAUCAUCUCUGGCUGUGAUUCUACGCUCACCGUGCUGGGGAUGAGUGCCGUCAUCUCCUCUGUGGCGCACUACCUCGGCCUCAGCAUCCUGGCUUUCAUAGGUUCCACAGAGGAGGAGGACAAGCGUUUAGGCUUCGUGGCUCCUGUGCUGUUCUUCAUCCUGGCUCUGCAGACCGGCCUCAGCAGUCUGGACCCUGAGGAACGCCUGGUCCGCCUGAGCCGGAACAUGUGCCUUCUGCUGACGGCCAUCCUGCACUUUAUCCACGGCAUGACCGACCCUGUCCUGAUGUCCCUGAGCGCAUCCCACGUCUCCUCCGUUCGGCGCCAUUUCCCCGUCCUGCUGGUGUCCCUGGCGCUCUUCGUGCUCCCGGUGGUGCUCAGCUACGCCCUGUGGCACCACUACGCCCUCAACACCUGGCUCUUUGCUGUCACGGCCUUCUGUGUGGAACUCUGCCUCAAGGUGGUGGUCUCACUGACUGUCUACAGCCUCUUCAUGGUUGAUGGCUUCUCCAAUGUCCUGUGGGAGAAGCUGGACGAUUACGUCUACUACGUGCGCUCUACAGGCAACAUCAUUGAGUUCCUGUUCGGCGUCAUCAUGUUUGGAAACGGCGCCUACACCAUGAUGUUCGAGUCAGGCAGCAAGAUCCGCGCCUGCAUGAUGUGCCUGCACGCGUACUUCAACAUCUACCUGCAGGCCAAGAACGGCUGGAAGACCUUCAUCAACCGGCGCACGGCAGUCAAGAAGAUCAACUCCCUGCCGGAGGUGCGCGGCGACCAGCUGAGGGACAUCGAAGAUGUGUGCGCCAUAUGUUACCAGGAGUUUGCCACCUCGGCUCGCAUCACGCCCUGCCACCAUUAUUUCCACGCGUUGUGCCUGAGGAAGUGGCUCUACAUCCAGGACACCUGCCCCAUGUGCCACCAGAGAGUUUACGUGGAGGAGGAGAGCCGAGACAGAGCUGCCUUUUCGAACAACAAUGGGGGCUAUGCGGCGCCACAGGAAGCCGCCGACGCUGCAGCCCCACCGGCACCGGGCGACAACCAGCACGGACAGCCAGUCGCCGAGCUGCCGGCCAACGGAGCGGCUGCCGGCGUGCAGGAUGCGGGAGGACCGGGGGAGCUCUACAACGAGCUGCUGGAGGACAAUGACAGCAUAGAGUACGAUGAAGAUGAGUGGGGGACUCAAAAUGGCAACACGCCAAUAGAAGAAGACUAUAUCAAUGAUGACACAGACUCCACCGAGGACUGACAAAUAAAAAGAUCUAUAGAAAAAAAUUACAUAUAUCUUUAUUAUAUUUAAUUUAAAAAGAAUUUAAAACACAACUUCAGAUUUUUAAUUUGUUCUUGAAAAAUGUCAGGGAUGUCAUUCUGUUUCCUUUUGUGUGAUUUUGAGUUUGGGUUUUACUCAAUAAGGGCUCAUGAAAAGAGUAACUGCUGCUCUCAUUCUGUGUGUGUGUGUGUGUGUGCGUGCGUGUGUGUGUGUGUGUGUGUGCGUGCCUGCCUGCCUGCUGCCGACCUAUAAUGUGCUUUGACGAUGUCUUAAAGAUGCAGUUCAUGUUCCCUGGUGGUGUCGGGGAAAUGCUGGAGUUUAUUAAUGACAAAACUGUGGAGCGACUAAGCAACUUCAAGCAUUAAUCAGUCUGUGAAACUUGGGAGGUUGUAGAAAGACACCUUUUGAGCACUAAAAUAUGUUUUUUGUGUGUUUCAGUUUAAAACCUGCUGUCUCUAAAGGAUGAAGAGUCUCCUUCGGGGUUACUUUGUCUCGUGUCCACGGAGUUUAGACUCUCAGUUUUGCACCCUCCAAACAUUGAGUUCCUCACCUGCUCCUGCUAAACAAGCCUCAAGAGCGCUCAAAUCCCGAGUUACAGAUUGAUCAAAAGCUCAAGUUUGUGGCCAUUCGUUCGACAUUUUUGUCCUUAAAACAGGAUAUUCGUGAACUCGUCCAGAGGGAAAGUGAAGGCAUUAGAGUGAGGCAGCUGAAAGAGGUGUGUCUGAUUAAAAACGAUGACUUGCUACUGUAAUCACUGAUAUACCUCUGUCAUUAUUUACUACUGGUCUCUUGUGCGACCUCGCUUACAUUUGUGUACGUUAUUGUACAUAUAAUAAAACACAAACGUGCACCCUUUCCCAUAGGACAAGAGAAGAGUUUUGUUUGUUUUCCUCAAUAAUUCUGCUUCCUCUGCACAUAAAUCAGUAUUUACUUUGGUUAAAUGCUCUUCUCAGUCCCAGAAAUGAUUGUUUGUAAUAAGAGUGCUGGCGUCAAAUCUAAAAACAAAUACAAAAAUGUUUUGAGUGAUUUCUGGAUGCUCCUCAGUAAAGGUCACAAAAAUACAGCAUG